CUCUGAUGGCAGCGAAAAGGGAUUUCUUUGCAAAAUUCAAGCUUCUGCGAAUAUUUUCAACAGUUUCUGCCAUCAUGCUCCCACAUCUCUUUCUCCCACCAACCUGAGAAGUAUGAAGGCCUGGACAGUAAUGAAGUGCAUGGGACAAAAUCAAUGUUCUCUUCACUUAAGUGUGAAAGGGACACUGCACCUUGAUGAAAGCAUUCGUGGCAUGGAAAUUUGUGCCCUCUCUGUGGACACUCAGAAAUCCAAAUGUGUCAAUGUGAUAAUUUCCAGGAAUGUGCAUGUAAAACUUGCUGGAAGAAAGGUGAAAAUGCAGUUUAAUUGUUUUGAAGUCAGUGCAGGACAGCAUUUCUAUGUGACCAUGAGGACGAUUCCAAAUUACUGCGGAAUUAAAUUGAGUCAAGAAUAUGAUGUUGAGGACUGCAGAAACAUUGAUGUGGCAAGAAAUAUUCCCAUGUGUUUUGAUGGCAAAAUGACUUAUGAAGUGGACAGAGUCCAAAACAUAAUUUCCGUGAAUAUUUCUAAUCUUGUUCAAGGCACAGAUUAUUAUGUUCGUUUAUGCCGUCAGUGGUUUGUGUGCGAGGAUGAGGGGCCAGUUACCUUGAUUCAAAAGAAGGACACGGUGAAAUCAGUUUCUCUCCAGUACACGCAGGUGCUGCCUUGCCUGUGUAUUGAGGCAUGGCCAGCUAUCUCAGAUGCACGGAGAAUACAGAUAUGCCCAUUUAAAAACGGCAAGUGAAAUGCUCUUCUUACUUUUUUUGGGCGGUUAAUAGCCUGUUUGAGAAAUGCAUGCUAAUGGGAGGAUAAUAUCACAGCCAGCACCAUUUUCU